AUGUUCACCCUUCGCCUGGUCGUCGCUCUCCUUGGUCAGUCAGCCAUCAUUGCUGCUGCACCCGUCCACUCCAUCAAGGCCCGCGAUAACCUCGACGUCAUCGAGAAUGCCCUUGCUCCUGUCUCUCAGUCUCUUGCCCAGGUUGACGCCGCCGUCCUUGCUCUUGAUGGCGGCGCGGUCACGGCCAACAACCUCCUCGUCUUUUCCCAGCAGGCCCAGGCCACCACCGAUCAGGCAACUUUUCAAAUCCAGUCUGCCGGAGACCUUGGCCCCAUCAGGGCUGCUAGGCUGCGCCGCAUCACAGACGGUCUCCUUGACCAGACAACCACUACCGUCGGCGACUUGGUCUCCAGGAAGCCCAUUCUUGACAACCUUGGCGUGAGCAGCGUUGCCCUCGACUCCCUUCAGAGGCAGAAGAUCUCCACCAUGGCUCUCAGUGCUGCCAUCGAGGAGAAGGUCCCCAGAGUCGGCCAAAGAAUCGCCGAAGAGGACAGAGUCCAGCUUGAGUCCAUCCUCGACCAGGGCAUCAGCGCCUACUCCCAGCCCGCUGUGCAGGCAGUUCCCGUCACCGUUGUCCCUGCUACUACCCCGGCUCCCCCCGGCACUGUUGUGCCCGCGGUCCCUGUUGCUGCUCCACCUGCCGCUGCUCCCGCUCAGCCUCCAGCGGCUGCUGUUCCCGCGCCUCCCGCCGCAGCGCCUGCUGAGCAGCCUGCCCAGCCUGUCGCUGGUGCCCCGGUUCCUCCCGCCGUUCCGGCUGUGACUCCUGGUGCUGCUCCCCAGGCUGGUGUUCCCGUUGCAGCUCCUGCUCCGGUAGCCGGAACUCCUCCCCCUGCUGUCCCCGUGGCCGUUGUCCCUGCCCCCGCCACCCCGCCUCCUCAGAUUGCCCCUGCCCCUGGACGCAAGGACCGCAAGAGGAAGAAGAAGGCCGGUGCCAUCAGACUCGAGGCUGAGCCCGAGGCUGAGGACAUUGAGGACGAGGAGUAA